UGAUUGAUUCACUAAAAGAUCCGAUUCGUACUACUCAUUCCUUUGGACUACGUUGGUCGCGCGGUGUUACUUAAAAGAUUCGGUUCAUAAGAAUCAUAUGUUGAUGAAUCGAGCUGUAUGGUCUCACUAAAUGAAACGUCUUUCUUUAAAACGCCGCAGUAUUAAAUAUGAUCGAAGCACUCUGACUCAAUGCUCUCAUUUUAUUAUUAUUAUUAUUAUUAUUACUGCUGCACUCCUCUUCAGUUGAUGGCAGUAACGCUCUGUGAACAGGAUUGAAAAAGCAAACAGGAAGAAGCGUUUGGUCAGCUGACCGCUAACGUAGAGGCAGUCGGUAACUUACAUAUGCAGCGAAGGUUUUGCGAACUACAGUCCAAAUAUUGAACCCACAAAUAUUUAGUGAAAGAUUUCGUCUUUGUCAGCUUGUUUUUGUGGCCAUUGCCUUUUAAAAAUGCCACCACUAAAGAACACAGUCGUGUUUAACGGUACUCUGCUCUAAGCAGAGACUAUGUUAAGACUGCCUGUGUUGUUUAAUGUUGUACGCAGGGUUUUCUGUGACGCCGCAGAAGAAAUGGGCAAGAAAGGAAACUUUUUCUACGCUGUAAGGGCGGGAUUUAGACCGGGAGUAUACCAAACAUGGGAGGAAUGCAAACACCAGGUGGAUAAGUUUCCUUCCGCGAUUUUUAAGAAGUUCGCUUCUGAACAGGACGCUUGGGCCUUUGUGAGGAGCCAGUCAGCUGCGUCGUCGUUUGGAGAACAAAAAGGAUGCGAGUAUGAGGUCCUGCCUUCUAGAAAUGUGCCUGAUGCCUCAAUGGCUGUUCCUCUUGGAAAUAAAAGGACAUAUGAGGACUGUGAUGAUGGUGAUAAUGAGGGACCUUCUUAUCCAAAGCGAGUGAAACUUAUUGAGGUCCCACAGCCAAAGACAGCUGCAGCCGCAGCCAGUAGUGAUGGAUUUACAUAUAUGGGUGAUGCUGUAGUAGUAUACACUGAUGGCUGCUGCUCAGCCAAUGGGAAAGUAGGAGCACGUGCAGGAAUCGGUGUAUAUUGGGGCCGUGAUCAUCCACUUAAUGUGGCUGAGAGGCUUUCAGGAAGACAGACCAACCAAAGAGCAGAACUGCAGGCUGCUUGCAAGGCACUCGAGCAAGCCAGUGAAAAGAAUAUUAAAAAGGUUGUGCUAUACACAGACAGCAAGUUUACCAUUAAUGGCAUUACAAGUUGGGUUAAGACUUGGAAGUCUAAUGGCUGGAGGCUUAAAGGUGGUGGGGCCAUUGUCAACAAGGAUGACUUCCAAAAGUUGGAUGAACUAAAUGCAAAACUUGAUGUUGUAUGGAUGCACAUUCCAGGUCAUGCUGGCUUUACAGGCAAUGAGGAAGCAGACAGGCUGUCCAGAGAGGAGCAGCAAAGCCCUUGUGCCAGCAUCUCCACUUCUGCAUGUCUGAGACACCCGCCUGGUGGUCUGCUGUUUGCAAGGGCAAGGCCUGCCCGCAGAGAGGGGCUUGACAAGAUGAACAACAGUCUUAUGGGUUUGGACCAACAUAAGGGUCUGAAGUCAGUCUGACAUGACAAGCAGGAG